AUGGCCAAACCAAAGAAGAUUGAAAAUUCAUCAUCAUCGUCGGAUCAAGAUGCUCAAAAAACCGAUGAGCAACGUCAUAUUGUAUUGGAGGAUAGACUCUUUCAUGAAACAGCUCGUUUAUUAUUAUUUGAUGAUAUACAGGCUCAUAUGUACGCAAGUGAUCCAUCCAAUCACUCCAAGAACCUAGCAGCCGAAAACAGUAUUGUUCAUAAUCCAUUCGGAGUAAAGAGAAGAAGAGUAGGAAAAUCUCCUUCAUCAAAAGAUAACUCUUCUCGUUCUUCGUUCAAAAUACCCUUCUUGCAAUUGGAAAUUACUUUUGCUCAAAUCAUGAUUGCAUGUAUUGUUUUAUUAAUUGCUGCUGUUGCAUUCAUGAAGAUUACAUCGGAGAAUACACCAAUGGUGAACGAAGAGGAUAUCUAUGAAAAGAUUGAUUACUUUGAAGUUUUGGAAGUUCCUAAAGGCUCUCCACUCAAACUCAUCAAGAAAGCCUUUAGAAAACAAACUCGACAAUGGCACCCCGAUAGAAACCCUGAUUGUGGUGAGGUGUGCGUCAAAAAGAUGGCAUUAAUUUCUGAAGCACAUACGGUAUUGAGUAAUGAGGAAUUAACAAAAUGGCACUUGGAGAAGGGUUAUCGUGUUCCUGAUUCCAUGUUGAAGAAAGCAGCUAGAGCCAGAGAUUAA